AUGGUUCAUUUCUUGAGGAGCUUAAUAACGAAAUGGACUUUUCAUAAUAAAGCACUUACAAGAGUCCGUAAUAUAUUGGCGUACAUGGAUAGGACUUUCAUUCCGAACAAGGACAAAAUCCCCAUUCACGAGCUUGGGAUAAAUCUAUGGAGGGACAAUGUGAUUCACUAUAGCAAUAUCCAGACUAAGCUUCUGAACGCACUGGGAAUAUCUAAGGGAAGACAAGGAAGGGAAGCACAGAAUAUCGUGAAGGUCUAUUUGGCUAAUUUGCGCCUCAAGGAAGUUGGGACAGAUGUUCUGAUCACUGCAUAUGAGCCUAUGUUGAUAAAUCCUUUGAGUGAAAGUGGUAGCACAGUUGGGGCUGGUUUUGAUGUACCUGCUGCUCAAUCUGGAUGUAUGCCAAUGGCUGAGGUCUUCAAGCUUGCUGUUUCUAGUUUCAAGGUCAAUGAUUGGAGCCUUUUUGGUGUUGCUCCUUGA